AUGAGCGAGGUGUGUGUCAAGGUGGCGCUGCGUGUCCGGCCGCUGCUUCCCCUAGAAGUCCUCCAGAACCACAAGGUAUGUGUGCGGAUAGUACCGGACUCCACUCAGGUAAUGGUCGGCUCCGACCGACUCUUCUCCUUCGACCACGCGUUCGGGCCCACGGCCACCCAGGAUGAGGUGUACAACUCCUGCGUCCAGCCGCUGGUCGAGACCCUGCUCCGGGGCGAUAACGCCACUGUGUUCUGCUUUGGACAAACCGGCUCAGGAAAGACGUACACGUUCGGAGGAGGGAACCUGGGUGAGAAGGGAGGAAUCAUUGACCGUGUGGCCGAGAAUGUGUUCUCGUUGUUGGGGGAGAAGAAGAACAGUGAUGGAGUUGAGACAACAGUGCGUGUCACAUAUUUGGAGCUGUACAUGGAGGAGCUGCAAGACCUGCUGGAGUCUCAUAACACUGACAAAGAGCUUUUUAUCAGUAAGAACGACAAGGGAAACACAGUGGUGGUGGGAGCCAAAGAAAUAGUCGUCACCUCAGCAGAGGAGCUACUCUCCAUUGUAGAGGUGGGUAAUGUUCUGCGCCACAUCAACAUCACAGGGAUGAAUGAGCACUCCAGUCGCUCUCACACCAUCCUCACCCUUCAGGUCGUCAAAGGUUUCCCCAACAGCAAUCCCUCCUUAAAGUCUUCCUGCUCCUCCAAACUCUGUCUGGUCGACCUGGCCGGCUCGGAGCGUGCUCGAAAAGGGAACAAGGGCUCACAGCACAAAGAGUCUGCUCAUAUCAACAGGGGCCUGCUCGCACUGGGAAACGUUAUCCGUGUCCUGGCUGACCGUGCUCGUAACAACUGCAACAGCACACACAUACCAUACCGUGAUUCCAAGAUCACCCGUCUCCUCCAGGAUUCACUGGGAGGCACUGCCCAUACAUUGAUGGUGGCAUGUGUGAGCCCCUCUCACCACAGUGUAGAUGAGACUGUGGGUGUUUUGCAGCGUGCAGCUAAGGCUCGUCGCAUCCGCAACUGUCCGACAGCCACAUCUACUCACACUGAGGCAGACUAAGAGCUCGGACAAGAUCUCCAUGGAUGCCAGGUAAUGAUAUAAACAUUAAAAAAGAAACAUCACACGGCCAUUAGAGCAGGACGCUCUGGAGGCACAGCUGACGGAGAACAGAGGACUUACUGUGACGGUCAGGAACAUAGAAAACAUCUGUUCAAGAAUCUCAAGGCCAAAUGUCUAUUCUAUGAGACUGGGAGUGGGCGGAGAGUAUUACUUCUUAACCUAGAGGAUGCAUUAAUAUGUAAGCGACCGUUUGCACUUUUGUAUUUAUUGUUUUGGCAUGGAAAGAUAAGAGUUGUGUUUUGUUCAUUGAACGGAAAUCCUCCAUUAUACCAUCCUUCCUACC